GGUUAAUUCCACGUUUAAGUAAAGCAGUUGUUGACCAUGCAGAAGAUACAGAGCUGGUGAGAGCUUUAUUUGCUGCUAUGGACUUCGUCCUCAUUAUAGAGUGGGUUGUAACUACUCGUGAGUGCAGGGCUGUGAGGAAAUUACUCAAUCUCUCAGACUUCAGACUCAAACUCACUCUGAAACCACAAGCCAUCUCUCUCAGAGGGGCCAGACUUCUCCUCAGACACAUCACACACCUAAAGAAACUCUGCCUGAGUGAGCGUGUGGUAGUGAGGAUGGCUGGAGCAGUGAGAGCCGGUGGGUCAUUCAGGAGCUCUGUCUGGACUUUAACAUCAUAAACCCAAAGAUCUUCAGAUUUCUGAGCAGUUUGUCGUCCCUCCUGAACCUCUGGACUGUUCACUAUGUGAACCUCACUGAGUGCAGGAUGGAGGCUCACUCUCUCCUCAGCCUCAUGUGUCAUCCUGGCCUUUUAAAGAUCAGAUUAUCGAAAUCGACUCUCCGGCAGUUUACUGAUCUGCUGUAUGAGGCUCAAGAUUGGGAACUGACUCGCUGUUUCCUGGAGAAGGUGGGAGGAGAACUGACUUCCUGUUCUCUCAGCUGGGAGAAGCUUAUCUAUUUUCUCCAGCCGCGAGUUUGCUGCAUUAGUGUGAACAUCAGAAAGAACAAAAUCACUAAUAAACACACCAAAGAGAUUCUUCCUCUACUGUCUGAAAUUCAGUUUAAACGAUUGAACCCCGGUGAUCUGCUGUCAAUCAUCAGAGAGAUCUAUGAGACUGACUCUGCUCACUAUGUGUCCAGUCUUUUAAAGUCAACACACAACUGUAUUAACCUGAACAAUACACAUCUGGACUCAUACCACUGUACUGCCCUGUGCUUCACCCUCCAACACUGUACAUCUGUCUCUCUGAGCCUGAUGUGGACCUCCAUACCAGACGGGGGGCUGGUGAAGAUUCUACCUCUGUUCAACAGACUUUCUCAGCUCAGUGUUGACAGGUUUCUGUUGCUCAAGUUACUCCACUGUUGCAGUAUCUCUGAGCUCCAACAGGGGGCAGCAGCAGCUGUUUUCUCUGCUCUGCAGAACAGACUGGAUUUCUCCUACAGCAGUGGUUUGGAUCUGAGCACAGAAACACAGGAUAAAACUCUGCAUCUGAGCACUGAGGACUGCAGAGACAUCAGCACUGCCAUCCAGAAAUCCCAGCAACUUACAGAGCUCAUUCUAGAGGACUGUGAGCUGGAGGACACUGGAGUUGACGUGUUCUUACUCAUUCUACAUACUGUGACACUACGCUGUAGUAAAUCUUUGUUGCUCCGGUUCCUGGCUCUUCUUCGUGUGGUCAAUCAGUCAGACUGUGUGAUGAAUGCUAUGUCCCUCUCAAAGGCUCUGAAUGGAGAUAUGGACCUCAGCGAGGCCCCUCUGGAUCUCCAUGCAUGUAGAUCAUUAGCAUUGUUUCUGGAGUUUUCUGAAGGUCUGUCAGAACUGGACCUCAGUCACUGCAAGCUCACUGAUCAGGGCCUGGAGCUUCUGUUACCACAUCUGCAUAAAGUGGAGGUCCUGGACUUGAGUCACAAUGACAUAGAUGAUUGUUUAGCAGGAAGAAUCUACACAGCUGUUUCCACUAGCAGCAACAUACAGACAGUUCGACUCUUCAACAACAGAAUUACUGAUAAGGAACCUUUCCAAAAAGACAAGCGCUUCGAGAUCUGGUGAUGACUGUGGACCCAUGUCCUGUUUUCAUCCUAAACAUUAUAAGGAACAAGAAUGCACGUUUAUGAGGUUUGGCAGAUGCACUGAUGCGACUUACUGUAUGUUUGAAGUCGUGAUGCAUGAACACAUCAAUUCUGGUCCACUAGAUCAUGGACUAAGUUUUCAUUUCUCACUGAUGGUGUAGUGUUUGGGUUUUUUUUAAAAAAGAAUUGUGCUGUUUAAAGAAUUGUGCUAAACGUUAUACUGUGUUUGAUUUGUGUAUGUGGCAAAUAGAAUUUUAAUAGAACAUUUCACUAUUUUUCCUAUUAUUUAUGCAUUGGUACUUUUGUAAUUUAUGUCUGAACAAUUCUCUUUUAUUUCAUGGCUUGUUAACAUGGUUUAUUAAAUGUUUUUUUCAUGUUAGCAUUUGGAAUGACAUGAAAAGGGUACAUGUUUUAUGCUUUCUGAUUGCUAAGGACAUUCUUUCUGUUACAAUGAACA